UAGAUACUCUGUAGCACAUAUAAAGGAUAAGGCAUUGAACCAUUUUUAUUGGGAACUUUCGACUCAAAGUAAGGCGGAUUAGAAAAUUAUAUAAUUUAAAUUUCAAGUUAAAAGUUCAAUCCCUAAAAGAUAUAAGAUCCAUAUGUUAAAACGCAUGUACCCCCGGAGUGAGAGUAUUUAUUUUUAUAACGUUUCCUUCAGGCCCUUAAAGGCCAGAAGGUCAAGGGUAUAAAAGACCCGUUCGGCUGCCAGAAGUAGUGAUUCCAUUCCUGCUCUAGUCUGCAUUCGCCAUGGACGAAUUCCAGAAGGGGGAACUCUGCGCCUAUUACCGCCUCUGCCGAUACUUGGGCAUAUUCUGCAUCGACUACAAUCCCUCGAAGAAAAAAUACCUCUUGCGGCGCAGUGCCAUCUGCUAUGUGGUGCACUUUGCCAUUCAGGCCUAUUUGGUGGGCUGCAUGGCGGUCAUGGUAAUCUAUUGGCGCAAGUGCUUCAAGAGGGAGCUAACCAAGACUGGCAACCAUUUCGAUCGACUCGUAAUGGUCCUGGCCCUGGGCAUUCUUGUAGUGCAGAACGCCUGGCUCAUCUGGUUGCAGGCACCUCACCUGCGCAUCGUUCGGCAAAUAGAACUGUGUCGCCGGAAGCAUUUGGGCCACCUCAAGCUGGUGCUGCCCAGGCGCCUGCUCUGGCUGAUCAUUGCCACCAAUCUGGUUUACAUGGCCAACUUCAUCAAGACAUGCGUGUUUGAGUGGCUGUCGGAGGCGUCGCGUCUCUUUGUGUUCACCUCGCUUGGGUUUCCGCUGCGCUAUCUGGUCACUAGCUUUACCAUGGGCACCUACUUUUGUAUGGUUCAUAUUGUGCGCCGCAUCCUCAGCUGGAACCAGUCCCAGAUCACGGCCAUUGUCGAGCAGUCCGGGGAUCCUAAGCGAGCCAGCGACAAUCUUCUACGCAUGCGCGGAUGCCUGGAGUUGCACGAUCGCCUUGUGAUUUUAUGCAACGUGGAGAUCAGUCUCGUGUAUGGAUUCAUUGCCUGGUUGUCCUGGAUGUUCGCCUCGCUGGACGUCACCGGCGUGAUUUACCUGACCAUGGUGAUUCAAACCAACAAGCCGAUCGGCUUGAAGCUGCUGACAAACAUUGUGUGGCUCUCGCCCACCUUGCUGACCUGUGCCGCCGGUUUCAUGAGCAAUCGCGUGGCCGUUCAGGCUAAUAAAACCGCAAAGAUAUUGGCCAAAGUACCGAGAACGGGCACUGGUUUGGAUCGAAUGAUUGAGAAAUUCCUACUGAAAAACCUUCGACAGCAGCCCAUUUUGACGGCCUACGGAUUUUUCGCUUUGGAUAAAAGCACCUUGUUUAAGCUUUUUACCGCCAUCUUCACGUACAUGGUGAUACUGGUGCAGUUCAAGGAAAUGGAAAACACCACCAAGGCUAUUAGCAAAUUUUGA